UGGCUGAAGGUCACUGUCCCCGCGGCGUCACCAUUUCGGCCCUCUCAGCGCUCGGGGCUUGGGUUUUGGGUGGCGCCAGGGACGCUGGAGGACAACGGGCAGUGGGACGCGGGCACGGUGCCGUGACAGAGAGGAGCUGACCGCCAGCCGUCGGGUCAACCCCGCCGUGACCUUGCCCCCAGAGCCCGGGGAUGCCGGUGCCCACCCUUGGCACGGGUCCGGAUCCCGGCAUGGAGGAGGAGGCGUCGGGCGACGGCAAGGAGCCCUGGUUGGGCAACAGCAACAACAACGCGGCGCCGGUGGGGUGGCCGUGCCGGCGUGGCGAGGAGCCCUCCUACCUACAGCGCGUGCUGCUGGAGAUCGUCGAGUCGGAGCGCACCUACGCCCGUGACCUACGUGGCAUCGUGGAGGGCUACUUGGGGAAGAUCAUCGAUGCCCGAGAGCCGCCUCUGCGGCCGGAGCAGGUCAGCGCGCUCUUUGGGAACAUCGAAGACAUCUAUGAGCUCAGCAGCAACCUGCUGCAGAGCCUGGAGGGCUGCGCCUGCGACCCAGUGGCCGUGGCUGUCUGCUUCGUGACGCGGAGCCAAGAGUUCGACAUCUACACGCAGUACUGCAACAACUACCCCAACUCGGUGACGACGUUGAGCGAGUGCAUGAGGAACAAGCAGCAGGCGCGGUUUUUCCGUGAGUGCCAGGAGGAGAUGCGGCACGUGCUGCCGCUGGGCGCCUACCUGCUGAAGCCGGUGCAGAGGAUCCUCAAGUACCACCUGCUGCUCCAGGAGAUCGCUAAGCACUUUGAGCACAAGUCGGGCGACGACUACGAGGUGGUGGUGGAGGCCAUCGACACCAUGACCUGCGUGGCCUGGUACAUCAACGACAUGAAGCGCAAGCACGAGCACGCCAUCCGGCAGCAGGAGAUCCAGUCCUUGCUGCUGCAGUGGAAGGGCCCCGACCUCACCACCUACGGUGAGCUGGUACUGGAGGGCUCCUUCCGCGUGCAGCGCGCCCGCAGCGAGCGCGCCGUCUUCCUCUUCGACAAGCUGCUCCUCAUCACCAAGCGCCGCGGGGACCACUACGUCUACAAGAACCACAUCCCAUGCGCCUCACUGAUGCUGAUUGAGAGCACGCGGGACUCGCUGUGCUUCAGCGUGGCCCACUACAAGCACAUCAAGCAGCAGUACGCCCUGCAGGCCAAGAGCGCGGAGGAGAAGCGGGUGUGGACGCACCACAUCAAGCGGCUCAUCCUGGAGAACCACCACGCCAUCGUCCCGCAGAAGGCCAAGGAGGCCAUCCUGGAGAUGGACCUGUUCUACCCCCCACGCCUGCCCCGCUGCAGCCCUGAGCGCCUGCCUCGGAGCCACUCCUGCCAACCCCUAGAGCCACCACGCCAUGGCCGGCGGCAAUCUGAGCCCUUCCAGUGCCGCGACCGUGCCGAGACGCUGCCGGACCGGCUGCAGGGGCAUGUGGGGCGCAGGCAGUCGGAGCCCGCCAAGCAGAUCCUGCAGCAGCUGGGAGGGAUGAAGCAUGCAGGCAGUGAGGGGACCCUCCUGGAUGCUGGGGAACCCCUGCAGCCCCCUAGGAGCUGGGCUGAGGGUGUCGUGGAGGAGGAGGAAGAGGAGGAGGAGGAGGAGGAAGAAGAGGAGGCUUUGCACAAGGACAGCAAGGAGGAUGGGGACAGGGACAAGAAUGGGGACGUGGCCGAGCAACCCCAGGAGGAGCAGGGGACCUGCGAGCAGCACCACGAGGCCACUGCUAUCCCCAUGUCCCCUGUGUCCCCUCCUUGCCACGGGGAGCACAAGGAGAUGGGGACCCCCGCUCCCCCCUCUCCAUCGGGAUCCCUCCCACCACCGGGGCUGCCUGAUGAGGAGGAGCAGCACCCGGAGACAGGCACCGGGGAUGACCCACGGGCUCUGAGCAGCGAGGAGGAGGAGGAGGAGGAAGAGGAGGAGGAAGAAGGCCGGGGGGGGGGCAGCAUCCUGCCCCCUUCCGUGCUGGACCAGGCCAGCGUCAUCGCCGAGCGCUUUGGCAGCAGCAUGUCGCGCCGCGGCAGCGUGGUGCUGGACGGACGCAGCGGCAGCGCCCUCAGCCUGGAUGGGGUGACCCCUCCGCAAGAAAACAUGGGGUCCUGCAGCCCCCUGCCCUCCCCGGGCUCCCCCCAGGGCUGCCGGCGCCGCUCGCUGCUCUCCACCCAGGACCGGCUGCUGCUGCGCAAGAUCCGCAGCUACUACGAGCACGCGGAGCACCAGGACGCCGGCUUCAGCAUCCGGCGCCGCGAGAGCCUCUCCUACAUCCCCAAAGGACUGGUGAGGAAUUCGGUGUCCAGGAUCAACAGCUGGCCUCCCCCGGAGCCGGGCAGCCCCAAAACACCCACGGAGCCGGCGAGCCCCAAAGUCCUCCUGGAGCCAGGGAGCCCCAAAAGCUCUUCGGAACCGGUGAGCCCCAAAACGUCACCGGAACCAGUGAGCCCCCAAGCGUCGCCGGUGCCGCCUGGAGGAGCAUCACCCCCCGUGUGCCGAGAGAACGGGCUGCCCGAGCCCCCCCCGGAGCCUCUGCUCAUCCUGGAGGAGGAGGAGGUGCCCCCCCCGGAGGUGCUGGAUCUAGGGGCUCCCCCCAAGCGUCUCACCAGCAGGGUGUACCAGCUGGCACGCCAAUACAGCCUGCGCAUCAAGAGCCGAUGCCGCGGCAUUGCUGCGCCGGGGGACGAUGCCACUCACACCCCAGCACCAGGUGGGACGCACUGGGGGACCGCAGGCGCUGUCCCGCUGCCGCCGUCCCGCUCUCACCCCGCUCCUUCCGCCCCAGGCGUACCAAAGCUGCCGGUGUCACCCAGGGAUGGCAUCGCCGUCUCAGCCCCACGCAGCCCACCCAGCCCCAGCGGCGCUGCCGAAGCCUUCUCCUGGCCAGACGUCCGGGAGCUGCGCGCCCGUUUCGGAGCCCCACGGCCCCCACCGGUGACACGCAGCCGCUCGGCGCCUGAGGGGCCGGAGCGUGGGGGGAGGCCGGCGGCCAAGGAGCAGCAGGGCGGGGGCCGCAGCCGCAGCGCCGAGGCGGGCACCGGGACCCCCAAUCUGCUGCGCGGCGACGACCGCCGGCACGCCGCGGGGCUGUGGGUGACGGCGCAAGCACCCCUGGGCCCCGGGGGGCAGCGGGUGCUGGUGUUGGAGCGGUUGCCCCCCGCCGUCGCCGCCGAGCCCCCCGCCUACGUGCAGAUCCGCUCGCCCACCACCCGGGAGAAGAUCUGCCUGAAGGCGGUGGUGGAGCGCUGCAAGGCUUACCAGGCCUCUGAGGAGUACCGGCAGCGCUGUGCCCACGGGCAGGCCGAGGCCCCCGAGCCCCCCCGGCACGGCCUCGUCAGGGACCUGCGGCAGAAGUUUCAGACCCUCGACACUGCCAGCUAGGGGGGGGUGGCCGGGAGAUGGGGCACCCCAUGGACUGCUGGAAGAAGAUGGGACAUCCCGUGCACCGCCAGAAGACUGAAGACCCCUUGGACCACUAGGAGCUGGGAUAUCUGAUGGACACCCCCCCCGCCCCAGCACACUCAGACCAAGGGGUACCCAGCUCACCUGGGGGAAGUUGCACCCCACCGACCCCAUGGAGGGGCAUCCAGUGGAACCCAGCUUGCCCAGGAGAUGGAGCACCCCGUGGGCCACCAGGACCUGGGAUGUUCCUUGACCACCAGGAGAUAGGACAGCCCCCUGACCACCAGCAGCAGCGGGACUCCAUGAACCUUUAGGUCCCCCAGGAUAAGGGGGAACCUUAUGGACCAUCGGGAGAGGAAUCACCCCACAGACCACGAAGAGAUGAAAGAACCCAUGGCCCCUCCCCAUCCUGCUUCCCAGAACGGCCCCCACAUUGCACAGCCCCGGGCCCACCUUGCUUUGACAUCUUUAUUACAAAAAAAAACCCAAACCGAACCCAAAA